AUGGCCAUGGUGUCUUUGGGCUUGGUGGCACUGCCGGAAGAACAUUUCGAGAAAAACGUUAGCAAUCCGGGCAAGGUGGCACCAGCAAAGGCCCUUUUGACCCAUCAAACUCCAGUUGCAGCCAUCAAGCAUGCAUUGCGCCAAUCAGCACGGGCUUUGGGGACAUCAUUGAGUGACCCCGAACAUAUCCGCAAGAAGCUUCCACCCACAGAGGAUUGCAAAGCGCUCAUGGCUGCCGGCCGCGUCUGGGUGAUUUUCAAGCUGGAGAUCCCAGAGGCCGAGUUCCAUCUCGAUUUGAAGUCUGGAUAUGUGAAGAAGCAAGCCGGAAGCGGCUUUGAGAUUCAGACCUGGGACCUUCUCAGCCCGAAGUGGCAUGCGUCCACUGCAUCCAGGAUGCCCGAGGCUCCAGCUUGGUCAUUCUAUGUUGGAAUCAGUGCCGACACGGCAGCUAGGAUCCUUGCGGACCCUACUGAGGCCCGUGGCUACAUCUUGGAAUCCUUCCAACACCGGAACAUGGGGAACUUGGUGCGCAAGCAAGCUGGGCAUAAAGUUGCUCACAUUUUGGCCGGCGUUUACGCCAUUCCGUUCUUUGAAGACAAGUACGGCUGCGCCUUGCUCCAGUCAAUUUUGGACGAGAAGAAGGCGGAGGAGAAGAGCCACAUCCUGACGAUCAAGGUGUCGUGCUUGGAUGUUGCAGCAACGCUGCAGCAUGUCCCCGGCAUGUCCUCCGUGUGGGUUCCACGCGAUAUGGACAAUCUAUACAAGUGUCCUCUCCAUGUGUCUUGGGCGACAUUUGCCUUGGCUGAUCAUUGCGUUCAAGAAGCCCAGCCUGCCAGCCUAUAUCGCGAGAAGAAGCAAAGCGUUGAAUUGUAUGACUCGUGCAAGAGGUGCAGGGUACGCUGCCCAAGAAUACUUGCUUUUAUUGUCUGGGCUCACGCGAAGCAGCUGUGGCUUGAAUGUUCUUUUUGUAUCGGAUGCCACAUAUUGUGCUUUAUUCCCCACCUGCAAGGUGAGGGUUGUUAG